CAUACGCAGUUACAACAAAGAGAAAAGAAACUCAUGGUCUGGCAACAUUGGCACCUAUUCCAUCCUGCUACUGCGCCUCGUCUAUCAGUGUCAAACACAAGAGACGAAGCUUGGUUGUAGGUUGAGUGAAUAUCAUUCUGCUGUGCAACUUACAUCGUAUAUAAGUGUAAGGACCUUUUUACGCCGAAUAGAUAAGAGGGGUAGAAUGGCUCCUGCAAAGGCUGAUGUGGAAUGUGUAGUCAAGAGCAGUAAGAGGAAGGAGAGUGAGGACAAUGGCUUAUCAAGCAUUACCUCCUCCCUGACUUGCCUUACCCUUAACACUGACUCCGAAAAGGAUUUGGCUGGGCUGGAAGCUGGUUUCUUGCAAAUAUGCUUGGGUGAAAAGCCUGUGCAGUUGGAACACUUGGAAAAACAAGUAGAGCAGGAAGAAGAGAAAGAAACACAAGUAGAACAAAAAGAAGAGGAAGAAAAGCAAGUAGAGCAGAAAGAAAAGAAGGAUGUGAGUGAUGAAGAAGGAGAGAGAGACAGUGAGAAGGAGGAAGACAAUGAGAAGAAAAUCAUUGCUGUGAAGGUACUUCAAGAAUGUAAAUCGAGUGAAGAUGGCAAAGAAGAGGAAAAAAAGGAGGAAGAAAAAGAGAAUGAAGUAAAGGCAGUUGAAGUAGAGUCACUGGACAAAUUGGACUUGAAAGAGAAGGAGAAAGAGGUGGUGCCUGAUGAUGAAGACAAAACAAAGGACAAGAAAGAAUAUACGAAGGAAGAGGAAGUGUCUGAUAGUGAGAAUCUUAGUGAUGGAGAUAAUAAAAAUAGUCAACCUCAACCAAAAGACGGAAAACUUCGUUCUCGAGGCUUUGGUAAUGCUAUGAGUCAGAAUUGUAUGAACAAUGAGGCUUACCAUCAGCAACAUUAUCCACAAAACCAAGAAAUGUGGUCCCAACAACAUCAGUACCCUGCGGUAAGUGAUUAUUCAGAGGAGAGGAGAGAGAGAGAGUGAAUAAUUCUUUGCUAGCAAGUAAGU